UUCAAAGACGCAUUCACGCUCGCCAUGUUAGAAAUUAGUAAAUUGUCGAUUAUCAAGUUUUUUGAGUUGGGUUUGGCGGCUGUAUGUUUGGGGUUUCACUACAGGAGCCAAACGUACAGUUUCGAUUGCGAUACCGUUUCUGUAGCUGCUUUUGGGGGUUUUACUAUUAUCACUGCCGGGAGUUUGAUGGGUUACUUAAUGGAAUCUCCCAUAAACAGGAAAGUUGAGGUGUUCUUCUGUUUGGUUGGAUGCUCCCUGUUCGCAGCUGCCGGAACAUUAAAUUUGAUAUUCUUUGAAAAAUAUUCAAAGUCCGAAUGGAAGAAUUACGGGCUGACCAAGGGGAUUUUGGCCGUUGUGGAUGCCGCCCUGUUUUUAAUUAAUUCCGUGUUAACUUGGAGGGAGUUGUGAAGUUUUAUUGACAUUUUUUUAAUCAUGCCCAAAUUUAGGAAUGAAAUGGGUACAAAGCUUUAAAUAAAAUCACUUUCAGUUUAAUUCUCGUUUAAUCUACAAUUAACAUUUUCAAAUAUAAAAUGCCAUAAUCACUUUUAGCUAAUUUUUAAUACGGUAUUAAAUAAUAUUAACAUUUUUACUAUACAUCCAUAAUAGUUAGAAACAAUAAAUAUUCUUCUGAAAUUAUUCUCAUACUAACAAUAAAAAUAUCAAUAAGUACCAAAUCAAUAUUGAUUGUAAACUGCUU